UAAAAGCAGGUAGGAUUUUAGAGGCUGGUUUGGGGCGCUUGGCCCUUACUUCAAUCUUUGAAGAGUCAACGUGAACAAAACAGUUAUGUUUACAUUGGUUCAACGAAUAACAAUUGACUACGCUAUUUCCUCAGUUACCCUUUGCUUCACUUCUUUAUCAAAAGGCCAUACACUGGACAUUUUCUUCUUACUUCUUCCUACACAGACAAAUACUUACAAUUUUGGAGAAAUUUUUCAUUUCAUUCACACCCUUUUCAUCAUUGGUGUUGUUUUGGCCUGAGAAAGAAAAAUAAAAAUAAAAAAACUUUCAUCAUGGGAAACUCCUGCAGAAAACCAGUGGCUCAUGUAUCUUCAGCAAGUUUCUUUGGAAGCACAAAGUGUCAGAGUAAGACAAAACAGAACUCAAAUUCUUCUGAACGAAAAGCUCCUUUAAAAACAUCAGCAUCAAAUGUUGGCAAACCCAUUUCCAAUAGCCUCAAGUCCUUCACCUUCAAUGAUCUAAGAGAGGCCACUAAGAACUUCAGGCAAGAAAACUUAAUUGGAGAAGGAGGGUUUGGAUUUGUCUACAAGGGAUGGAUAGAUGAGAACACAUGCACUCCAACAAAACCAGGGACUGGAAUUGUAGUGGCCAUCAAGAAACUUAAACCAGAAAGCUUUCAAGGCCACAGAGAAUGGCUGGCAGAAGUCAAUUAUCUAGGCCAGCUUCACCACGAAAAUAUGGUGAAACUUAUUGGUUACUGCACAGAUGGUAAAAACAGGCUUCUAGUUUAUGAGUUUAUGCAGAAAGGAAGUUUGGAAAAUCAUUUAUUCAGAAAAGGUGUUCAACCUAUUCCAUGGAUUACACGGAUCAACAUUGCAGUUGCUGUUGCAAGAGGAUUAACAUUUUUACAUACCCUCGAUACAAAUGUUAUAUAUCGUGACUUGAAGGCUUCCAACAUCCUACUUGAUUCGGAUUUCAAUGCUAAGCUUUCGGAUUUUGGCUUAGCAAGAGAUGGUCCUACUGGAGAUAACACUCAUGUUUCAACAAGAGUUAUUGGUACUCAUGGUUAUGCUGCACCUGAGUAUGUAGCUACAGGUCAUUUGACCCCAAGGAGUGAUGUAUACAGCUUUGGAGUUGUGUUGUUAGAAUUACUAACAGGAAGGCGUGUAGUUGAAGAUGAUAGACCUGGAUUUUCAGAAGAAACACUGGUGGAUUGGGCAAGGCCAUUCUUGAGUGAUAGCAGAAGAAUUUUGAGAAUCAUGGAUUCAAGGUUGGGUGGUCAAUACUCCAAGAAAGGAGCACGGGCUGCAGCAGCACUUGUACUACAAUGUCUAAAUACUGAUCCCAAAUAUAGACCAACUAUGGUAACUGUUCUAGCAGAAUUGGAAGCACUACAUUCCUCAAAUUCAUUCCCAAGGACCCCAAAAUCUGGAACUGAGAAUCAUACAACAGAGCAUUCUAGUCAUUCCCACAAGUCAGCUACAAGUAGUAACAAACUAUGAGCUGUUCUUUCUCUGUGGACUAAUGCUUUUGCAUCACAACAAGUGCUUUGUUCUUUCAGUUUUGCGGCUAAGUGAUCUUCAUCUAGGGCAAAGCAUUAUUUUAUUUUCGGAUCAUCGUAACAUUGUUGGAAAGCAUUACCAUGCUUAAACAACGGGGCAUUAUUCAUGUGAUAUCAUAUUAAUUGUUUCAAAUGUGAAACGGUAGUGUUUUUUUAAGGAGUUCAAAAGGGUAUAUAGUUAGAAAAACCGAACUUUUGCACCGUUGUAUUCAUAUCCAUGUAAAAUAACAUAAUUUUUCCUUCAUAUUCCUCAUCA